AUGGCAGCUUGUCUGCGCUUCACACGACGUGUAUGGAGGUCGUUCGUGGAAAACAAAGGCCACGACCAACAAUGUUUUCCUAAUCUCAAGAUCCUCGAUGCGAAGCCAGGUGUACUGCGCGCCUCGUUGAAAAUUGAGCCUUAUAACUUGAACCGUGUCGGAACCGUGCACGGUGGCCUUGUUAUGUCACUGACUGACACCCUGGGAUCUCUCGCCGUCGCCACGAAGGGGCAGUACAUGACGGGCGUAUCUGUAGACAUCGGCACAUCGUUUGUCAAACCAGCGGGUCGUGUGGGUGACGAGCUCAUGGCGACGGCUAUCGUUACAGGAAUCGGGAAGUCCCUGGCCUACACCCGCGUUGAUUUCUACAAUGCUGCUGGACAGCUGGCUGCGUAUGGACACCACACCAAAUAUGUCGGGAAGUCCGCGGGGCACAAGCAUGAUGUCAAAUUCUCUGAGGACGGCGAGGCAAUCAUUGAGGGAGAAGAUAUCGACUAG